AUGGUGUUAGAAACUGUGCGGAAAAUCGAGAUUGGCAGUUUUGAAAUUCUUCGAGAUCACUGGGAUUCACGAGAAAGGAUAUCGCGUUUGAGAAGUCCGACGUUUCUGAGAACACGUAUGGACUCGAUUGACCUCAUGCAAGAGUAUAAGAUAUCGACUCACGCAAAUAAACAGCAGCAAACUCAUAAAAAGAAGCUAGUUGCACACAAUAUCCACAUAAAGAGAAAAUUCGAUAGUCGAUUGAAUAGAAUCGUACGUGGAGAUGAACAUGCGCUGUCCACGGAGGCGUUCUGGAUGGAACUCAAGAAUCCAAUCAAUAAAGCAAUGAGUCGUGAAAGGCACAUAGAGAUGAACGAAGGGGCAAUCGCAAUUUCGAGAUCUAGUUAUGGCGUCGCAAGUCAUGCUAGAAAUCUCGACACAUAUACUACCAUCACCAUCAAAGGAUGA